AUGAUCCUGCCGUUCGACGAAGGCGAGCGCGAGUCCUCCACCCCGUCUCCGCCGUUCAACUUGCCCUCCUUUUCCCACCUCCAAGCAUUCUACGAGAACAAACCCCUGCCGAGUUUACCCGGCAACGAUAGCUCGCACGGCGCCCCGUAUGGACCCCCCGUACGGCCGCAGAAGAAGAACUUUCCGCGACACACACGGCUGCAGGAUAGUCGCGACGCGAGCCGUCGUCUUUCGGACAUCGGGGAGGAAGAUACCGGGUCAUCGCUGCGCACGGGGGAAGGUUCUGGGAAUCUGAGUCUGGCAUCGCCUGGUUUUGCACCCAGAUUGGCUAGUUCUCCGGUAUUAUAUGGACGUGGGGAGAAGGAGACGAGAGAGAGAGACCAAAAGGCGUGGAGUAGCUCUUCUGGGUCAACAAUCAGCGUCGGGAGUAUGAGUGAGCCGCCGCUGCAGGACGCGACUCAGAACAACGCGGAUGGGUCUGGGGCUUUGACAAACGAGGAAGUGCAGGGCGUGAUGUCGAUUGCCAAGCAGAAGGGACCAGAUGACGAAUUGUCAUCAGCCAUCUUGGAAAGCGAAGCGGAGCGCAUCCUCGAAAAUGCCAAGAAGAAACUCACGUCCAUCUCCCGAGCGGACCGCAGGGUUUCGGCCCUGCGCCCUCGGUCGACGUACACCUCGGCGCAAGAUUCAGCCAACAACAGACAUUCGCGGGUUCACAGUGAAACCAACCUACCGUUAACAGCGUCGUCCGAGCCUCCGACGACCGGGCCUAGUUUGUCACGAUCCAUGAGCGCCAUGGGAUCGAGCACUUCGUCCAAUUUUCACAAUGAUGAACGGUCCUUUCACUAUGACACAACCCGAGCUUAUCUCACUCACCGUGCCUCUGUCUUAUCAACGCAACCAUCGGGCUCGAUUCAACGCGCACACUCCGUCAAACAGAGUGGGGACAAUUCUGAGAGGCCGAAGGGACUAGGCAUUACAAGAAUCCCCGACUCACAGCUUCAGGUGCGAGAUCUUCAGGACCAGAUGAAGGGGCUUCACAUCAAGAUUUCCAGUCUGAAGGUCAAAGCCCAAGAGGACAAUCUCCGGCGGCGAAGCCUGCAGAGCUUGAGGACGCCCAGUCCGUUCACCGAGGGUGACCAGUGGUAUCCGAGCGCGUUGGAACUCAAGAACAGCAAUGGGAGUCUCCGGUCAAAUCCGGGACGUGGGCAUACUGCUGAGGCCCAGGAGAAUCAUCACCACCAGGAACGUCAGGAACCUGAGACCGUACGAAAUGGAUUUACGUACGACCAGAGGCACCAUCGACCCGAGCAACCAGAAGCAAAGCUUCAGCGAAAGGCGAGUGCUGCUUCUCAUGCUGUUUCGCUCAAUGAGAGCCUGUACGAGGAUGCAGAGGAGGGGGACUACGACAUGGACGGCUCCUCGGGGUCGGACAUUGACCGCGAAGCCUUGGAGGAGAUACUUCGCGAGCCCCUGGACGAUGAGGACUUGGAAGAGUCUUUGGAGGCGUUUCCAGCUGUGCCUCAGCAUAUCGAAAUGACACCGCACGAGGAGCGCGAGGACGCGUUUGAUUAUGAGCACUUCAUACUUCACAGCGCCUUGGGCAAUUACUCGCGGAGCAAACUGCGCCGCACGAGCAAUGUGUCGACCUCGUCUGUUGAAACCACACGACCCUACCCUGAAGCUUCGGGGACUCGCCAUUCACGGUCUGACAGUACGGCCUCCUUGUCCACCAUUGCAACGUUUGCCACAGCCAUCGAGGGCGACGACGAUAUUGAGAGUGUUCUCUAUUGGGACAAAAAGUUUAACGACGAACUGCGGAGUCGUCAGCCCUAUACUGAGCCUGCACAACCGGCUGGCGAUUCGGGAUCCAUGGAAACACCCCGAGCUUCACGAAAGCAGGCGAGCCAUAAUGGGACCAUGAAUGGAACGGACGCCUCAUCGAGAACCCUUUCCCCUGUUCAGCGGUCAGACUCGGCCACGAGCUCCAUCGUCUCCUCGCUUGUGUCGACAGUGCGGGCUGCGUCAAGCCCUCACCCGAAUACACAGAACGGGAGAUCAGGGCUCAAUAACGAUGAUACUCGGCUCUUGGAGCAAGUGUUCCAAAGCCUGGGGAAGGUCUGCUUGGACCUGCAGACGCUCACUGCCUCUGCCGAGCCUGACCCGAAGAGGGAGCGGGUCCUGCGACGGCGGUUGGAUGCGGCUCGGAGGGUGUUGGAUGGCGAGCUUGACGCUUGA